AUGCAAGACGGAACUGCUGCGCGCAAUGAGGGUCGUGCUGAAGGCGAAAGAGCUCGUGCUGACGGCGAAAGAGAGCAUGCUUCGACGCGGCAUGGGAAACAUGAGGAACACGGUCAAGGGCAUCAACGAAGCAAAUCCGGAGGCAUACUAGGCGCUUUCCGAGAUGCCAUUGGCAAGUCACAGUCACCAUCCCCUCAGAUAGGCAACGACGAGGGACACGACCAAGAUGUGGAAGUCGCGAAGAGGGCAUCUUCCAUCGCGACUGCCCUGCGCCAAAGCCAGGGCAGGCAGAGGAAGGGAUCCUUAAGGAAGGCGGCCAUGGCGAAGAUGCGUGAGCGGAGCAGCUCUUUGCGCAAAGCCAAACCACCCACAAUUACCACUACAACGAGCGUGGACCCCUCGGACGAAGCAACGGCCCCAGGUCGCUUCAGCUACGAGAACGCUCCUCUCAAUUCUUCGUCCGACAGCGGGUGGCUCCCCGCUGUCCACCUGUCUCCAUCGUCACCCGCCGUCAUUUACACUCCACCCGACGACCCUGAACGCACCCUCCCGUCACUGCUUGCAUCACCUAUGAGCCCGGUGGCACCUUACGCUUCAACUACGGAUGAAGACGACAUCAUGUCCUUCUACCGCCCCUCUACCUCGGGCAAUGACUACUCCUUCAGUGGCCCGAACCAGGGCUCUGUUACAUCUCUCUCACACCGCCGUUCAACUCGGAGUAACCGACGCACUUCCAUCUCGGCAGUCCUGACACCUGCCGAGGCUGACCCCGAUGAUGAGUGGGAUUACAGCGAGACGGAGUGGUGGGGCUGGGUCGUGCUCAUAGCAACUUGGAUCGUCUUUGUCGUCGGUAUGGGCUCUUGUCUCGGAGUUUGGAGUUGGGCGUGGGACGUGGGCGAGACACCGUACGCUCCACCUGACCUCGAAGACGACGCGACCCUGCCCAUUACUGGUUACUAUCCCGCAUUGAUUGUUUGCACGGCAGUUACGAGCUGGGUGUGGGUGGUUGUUGCCUGGGUUGGCAUGAAGUACUUCCGUCACGCCAAAGUGGGCGUAGACGGAUACCUCGCUAUACCACACUUUGCGAUUGUAUCAUGCAAUUGGUCUGUGAUGGCACUACACCAAAGACCACGGGGAGGUUCCAAGCUCGAGGAGCUACUACCAAGUUUACUCAUCCUCAAGGGCUUAGAGUCUAGGGAAAUUUCAAAGAAAGACGCCGAGUCCAGGCAAACGGUUCACGGGGCACAGCAUGAACGGCGGACAAGGACGAUACCGGCCCGGAAGCCUCAACGCACGCCGAAUACGCUGGUGAGCCAACGGAUCACCAACGGCAGACCCUUCCGCUUUUUCGAAUUACCGCAAGAGAUCAGAGAUGAAGUCUAUUCCCACCUCGUUGUUCGCAAGACCUCGCGUUCCCUCCCCAUCCUUGACGCAACAACCAUCCUAAAUGACCGCAAGAAACGCCUCGCAGCACGCAAGUCUCGGGAGCGACUAAACCAACGACGGCUCUCAACUGGACAACGACCAGUAUGUCCCCGUGCAGCAGAUCCCGAGCCAAUCCUGCACCUGGAACUCCUCCGAGCAUCUCAGCGACUAGCUGGCGAAGCAACGGACUGCAUGUACACCAACAACUGGUUUGCCAUUUCCCUCAAUAAGCUCCCGGUGCCUAGUUACGAAUUUCCGCAAGGCUGGGAUCUAUCACGCAUCAAACGACUGCAGGUGGAACUGCAGUUGAAGGAUGCUAUACGAAUGAACCGAUACGUCGACUGGGCUUCUUUCCUCUCUGCGUUCCCGUCACUACAGUUUCUGCGUAUUGUUCCUACGCUUCAUCCAAGAUACUAUGAAUGGUCGCAUCCGGAGUUCUAUGAAUGGUCUAGCACGCCUUUUGUCCACAAAGCCUUCUUCAGAGAGCUACUGACGGCACUACCGGGCUAUGUAGAUCUGAGGAUUGGGCUACCAGUGGAUGGUGCGGCGGAUGACGUGCAGAUGCAAGGCGAAGUUGCCGUGCAUCGAAAGUAUCUGUGCGAC